AUGUAUUCCAAACUGAUUGUCCUUGUCGGUGUUGUGUUCUGCCUUGCUGCAGCUGCACCGACAAAGAAAGCUGCUCGUGCAGCGUCCGGCGGCCCGGACAGUGAUGCGACGGUGAUCCAGCAAGAUCAGAUCAUCAACGACGAUGGGUCGUACAACUUUGUGUUUGAAACGAGCAAUGGUAUCCGGGCGCAGGCCAGCAGCUCGGAUGGUGUCCGUACGUCCGGGGACUUUUCCUACCCGGCACCGGACGGUACGAACAUCGCGCUAGCCUACGUGGCCGAUGAGUAUGGGUUCCAGCCGCAGGGAGCUCAUCUGCCGGUGGAGCCACCAGCACCCGAUCACGUCAUCAAGCAGCUGGAGGACAUCCGUGCUAACCCACCGAACGAUCCGGACUUUGAUGCCGCCUUCCUGGACUCGGAAAUUGCUCGGCUUCGAGCCACGCAGGGUUAG